AUGCUGAGCUUCCUCGACCGGUCAAGUCCGUCUCGCUUUUCUUCAAUUAUUGACAUUCUAAGAAUAGACAUCGGCAACGCCUAUACCGCAGGCAUGGAUGAUGAUCUCCUCGGGCGCACCACUUCUGCGAAGGAUGAUGGUGUUGGGGGGGAGGCCGGCCGCGGCAAGGCCUACUUCGAGUGGGGGCUUGCAUCUUUUUAUAUCGCCUACAUCGCCUUCGAGUGGAUGUCCCUGCUGUGGAGCCGCGUUCCGGCGCACGUCUAUGUGGCGAGCCUCGUGCUGUCGUGGGGUGUCGUCGCCUCGCUGCAGGCUGUGGCCACGUCGUACCCCGUCCUGAUCGCGCUGCGGUUCCUCCUGGGCGUCGGCGAGGCUGGCUUCACCGGGAUCCCGAUCUACCUGAGCUUCUUCUUCCGGAGGGAGGAGCUGGCGCUGCGGACGGCGGUCUUCAUUUCCGCUGCGCCGCUUGCCACCACGUUUGCCUCAUCCCUCGCGUGGCUGAUCACCAAGUUUGGCGAGGACGGGCCCAUCGCGCCGUGGAGGCUGCUGUUUCUCGUCGAGGGCUUCCCGGCCGUGGUGGUGGCCACCGUGGCCUUCAGGGUCAUCCCCGACUCGCCCGAGGAGGCAGACUACCUCACCAGGCGCGAGAAGAAGAUCGCCAGGCUGCGCCUCUCGGACCCGUGCGACGUGGGAGGGAGUCGGCGGCGAGGUGGCCGGUAUGCCGAGUUCUGGGCCGUGCUCCGCGACCCGGUCCCGUGGACGACGGCAUGCAUAUUCCUGCUCACCAACAUAGCAUACUCGUCGCUCCCGGUCUUCCUGCCCUCGAUCCUCACACAGAUGGGCCACACCCCCGUCGCGUCACAGGCCCUCUCCGUGCCCCCCUACCUCAUCUCCUUCAUCGCCGUCCUGGCCGUGGCAAAGGCCUCAGACGCCCUCCGGUCACGAGCCUACCUCAUAGCAGCAUGCGCGCUGUCCUCGGCGCUGGGGUACGCCUUCCUCGCGCUGAGCCACCGCCUGAGCGACCUCCUCGGCGGCGAGGCCCUCAACAUGGCGCGGUACCUGGCCGUCUUCCCGGCCGCCGCGGGGUUCUUCUCCGUAGUCGUCCUGGCCAUCGCGUGGAACAUCAACAACUCCCGCGGCCGCGACCACAAGGGCGCCGGGUUCGCGCUGAUGCAGGUCAUCGGCCAGACGGGCCCGCUCGUCGGCACCAGGCUGUACCCCAAGGAGGACGGGCCGUGGUUCACCGGCGGCAUGGGCGUCUGUGCCGCGGCCAUGUUUGGCGUCGCGGGCCUCGCCCUGGGGCUGAGGGCGUACCUGGCGAGGGCGAACCGGCGCGCGGACGGGGACGGGGUCGGCGCCGGUGGGAACUUGGAGGAGGAGGAGGAGCGGCUGUUCGCGGGGGAGAAGAGCCAUGGGGAUGGGGAUGGGUUUAGGUAUAUGCUUUAG